CGUCAUUAUAAGAGGUUCGCCUUAUAAUCGCUUCCAUGUAACAAAUUUGACAUUUCAUCGUUCCCCCGCUUUUCGUAAACAACACACACGUGUUUUGACUUGCUGUUCGCUGCGGAUAGAAUAUAAUUCGUUUCUGAAGUUUGUUUAAAAUUUAAACUUUUCAAAAUAUUUUGCAAUGAAAAUGAGACGGGCGAGCGAAUGUGAAAAUCCGCAGAAGGGUCGGACACACAUACACAAUGUGCGAUUCUAUAAUUUGCAACCACGUUCCAUACAAUGUAUGGCCUACAAUACUAUUUGGAAGAAAUUGGCUGUGUCAAGGAAUGAUGGCUCAAUUGAAAUCUGGGAUGUACGACAUGCGCCUUGUUUGGAACGUACCAUUCCAAAAAGUCCACAAAAUUCAGUUGAAGGUUUGGCAUGGGCUGGGGAGCGCCUGUUCAGUGCUGGUCUCAACGGACAGUUGGUGGAGUGGAACUUACAAACGCUGCAGCCUCGUAUUAAGCAACAUGUUACAGGAAAUGCCAUCUGGUGUAUAGAUGUAAAUCGUGAGGGCAACGAAAUAGCCAUUGGUACGGAAGAGGGCUACAUAAAUAUCUUCAACAUUGAGGACAAUCAAUUCCAGUACAAAGCUUUGUUCGAUAGACAGGAAGGCCGCGUGUUGUGCUGUCGUUUUGAUGCAACAGGUAACUUUUUAGUUACCGGCUCUAUGGGAGCCAUACGUAUUUGGGACACCAGAACAGGGCAUGCCAUACACAAAAUGAAUGUAACCAAGAUGUCAUCGGGAAAGGAAACCAUUGUUUGGUCUAUACAAGUUCUUCAAGAUUUCACUAUAAUAUCUGGUGAUUCGCGUGGACAUGUUAGUAUUUGGGAUGGCAAAACGGCUUCGCGAAUUGAGACACAUCAAGCCCUAAAUGCUGAUGUUUUGGCAGUUGCCAUCAAUGAGGAGGAGGAUAAAUUGUUUUGUGCUGGCAUAGAGCCUACUAUACGAAUCUAUGCCAAGACUCAAAUUAAACGUGACAUUAUGAUGUUCUAUAGAUGGGUGAAGUUUUUGCAACGUCGUGUACAUGAUCAUGAUGUCAAGGCUUUGAUAUGUGCCCAGGAGAAUAUUUAUUCCGGUGGUGUGGAUGGCUUUUUGGGUGUAUCAUCGGCAACUAAAACUAGGUCGACAAUACAGAAAUAUGGACCGUUUUUGCAGCAACCCUGUGUAACAGUUUCACCCAUUGAACGUCUUUUGCUUCUACGUUAUGCUCACUCAUUGGAGAUAUGGCGUAUGGGAUCAACAAAUGGCAAGCAAGAGUUGGGCCAAGAGAGCAGUGAAUCAUCAACAUCAAAACUCUUGGCCCUCGAUACAGUACCUGACAAACUUUUAGAAUUUAAAAGCCGAAAUGAGGAACGAAUUGUCUGCUCCACCCUUUCACCCAAUGGACGUUGGCUAUGUUAUUCGACACACACGGAAAUACGUUUGUUUCAUUUUGUGGCUGGCUCCUCAAGCGAUGACGACCAAAAGAAAUGUGAUACUAAGCUGAUUAGAGUUAAAGAUCUACCCGAACAAAUGGAGCCAGCAUCGCAUGUACAAUUCACCGCAGAUUCGAUGCGUCUGAUUGUGGUCAAUCGGGAAAGUAAAAAUAUCAUGAUAUUUGCCAUGCUUUCGAAUGUCAAUGCUGGAGAUCUGAAUAUCUCUAGUACACCGCCUUUAGAUUUUGUGGAGUCUAUUGAUACCAGCAAACACAUUAAGGAUUCCAUAAAAUUAUUCACCGUAUCUGUGUGUGGUUCAUAUAUUGCUGCUGCCAGUAGCGAUCGUUCAAUUGCCGUGUGGUCGAUUCAUAAGGGAAAACACUUUAAACAUCUGCUGAACCUACCAAGAUAUACAGCGGCCACCACUGCGCUCAGUAUACAUCCCGAACAGCCACGAUUGGUAGCUGCAUUUGCUGAUGGUAAAAUAUUUGAAUACGAUUUAGAAGAGAUGUGUUUCACAUGCUCCGAUGUGGAUCGAUUUGUGGUUAAUUCGGAAUAUCAUUGCAUCCAGAAUAUCCUACUCGAUCCUCGUAAUCCCAACAUAUUUGUAAUGCAAAAUGAUUCGGAACUUUUCGUAUUGGAAAAAUGUAAAGCGCGAGAAAAACUCGAAGAUGCUGUUGUGGAAAAUUCAAAAAAGAAGUCGUUGAAGAAAAUGAAAACUAACGAUGAGGAUGAUGAGACCAAAGUCUACAGUUUACGUUUGAAAAUGGAAAAGACAUAUGAGCAUUUAUUAUAUUUGGGUUGGUUGAGUUGCGAUGAAUUGGUAACCGUUUCGGCCAAUCCUACAUCCCUCAUAGAAAGUCUGCCAAGUCCAUUCAAAGAGAAACUCUUUAGAACUAUGUAGAACAUAUAUACUGUAAUAUAUUAUAUGUUAAUAUUUUAAGUUUAAUGUAUUAAGUUUAAAUUUUAGACAAAAUAAUGAGUUAUUCGAAAAAAAUACAUAUAUUUUUGUUAAAAAGUUA